GUCUGUCAUGACUAGUUAUUCCUUGGAAGACUUUAAUACACCAUUAGAAUGUGCUCCUCUUGCUAGAUGGGAAAGAAAGCGAAAGGAACAGCUGGAUAGAACUUCUAAAACACCAAAUAAGACACCUCAAGGGGAUCGUUUUAUUCCUAAUCGUAAUGUGAUGAAUAUUGAAGUUUCCAGACUAAAUCUACAACAAGAAUAUUAUGGAAAGGAAAACAAUCAAAAUAGUUCGAGUCUUCUAGAUUCUCAUAUGGACAACGUUGAAUGGAAUAGUGGAAAGGACUCGCCAGCAUGUCAUCACUAUCAAAGUGCUUUGGCAAGUUCACUUUUACAAAAUUCUUAUCAUGAAGAACGCCCACAAAGCAAAAUCCUCACAUUUAAGCAAAAAGCUCCAAAACCUCAAGAAGGAUAUGUCAAUUCCUUGAAAGUUUUGUACUCUCAGAAUAUGCCACAAAUAUCGGAACAGAGAAAGAGAAUGAUACGUCAUAUUCCUCAAACACCUGAUCGUAUUCUGGAUGCUCCAGAGUUGGUGGAUGACUAUUAUCUCAACUUGUUAGAUUGGAAUCACGAGAACAUCUUGGCAGUUGCUUUGGGUUCUUCUGUAUAUCUAUGGAAUGCAAGUACUGGAGAUAUUCAAGAAUUGUGCAAUGUUUCUCAAGAUGAAAUGAUAUGUUCUGUGAGUUGGGUUCCUGAUGGCCAUCAUUUGGCAGUUGGAACGAGUAUGAAAGAUGUACAAUUGUGGGAUACUCAAAGAGGAAGACAAGUUCGAAAGAUGCAUAGUCAUUCUUCAAGAGUAGGAUGUCUUGCAUGGAAUGGUCCUAUUCUUUCCAGUGGUUCGAGAGAUACAACUAUUCAUCAUCAUGAUGUUCGGAUUGCUCAGCAUCAUGUUGAAACGCUGAGAGGACAUGAACAAGAAGUAUGUGGGUUGAAAUGGAAUGUUGACGGGUCUCAAUUGGCUUCGGGAGGCAACGACAAUUUGUUAAUGAUUUGGGAUCAUUUUCACUCCAAUCAACCCAAAUAUCGUUUGGAUCAUCAUCAUGCUGCCGUAAAAGCUAUUGCUUGGUGUCCUUGGCAAACUCAUCUACUUGCAAGUGGUGGUGGAACGGCAGAUAGAACUAUCAAGUUUUGGAAUACCACCACAGGUGCCUGUUUACAGUCGAUUGAUACAAAGAGUCAAGUGUGUGCUUUGAUCUGGAAUCGACACGACAAAGAGAUUGUAAGCAGUCACGGGUUCUCACAGAAUCAGCUUAUUGUGUGGAAAUAUCCAUCUAUGGUAAAAAUGGCGGAGCUUACUGGGCAUACUUCGAGAGUUUUGCAUUUAUCAUUGAGUCCUGAUGGUCAAACUGUAGUUUCUGGAGCGGGUGAUGAGACAUUAAGGUUUUGGAGAGUAUUUGAGGCAUCAGAAUCGAAACUCAAGUCUUCCAACAAAACCUUGGGACAUUCUCAAAAGAGCAUCAUGAGGACUUGUAAUAUCAGGUAAGUAUAGAGGUAAGUAUAGGUUUUGGAAUUUUAAGAAAUAAUGGUACUUCAAGUAUUUUUCGUUGUGUAGGAACGAUUCAAAUGCGUUGCAAAUAUCUUAUUGUUUUGUUUAUUACUUUAUUAGGGAUAUUUAUUCCAUAUUUGGCUUUCUCAAUUGAACAUAAUAUAUAAUUGGACAAUAAAUGUUUUGCCUAUUCUAGUUCGGGAGCAUAAACACGAAUCACGUCGU